AUGGAAAAUUCUAAAAAAUUUGUCAAAUACAUCUCUGAUUCUAUCAGCAACAUGUCUUCAAUGUUAUAUGAUUCAUCCUCAGAAAUUCAUGAAGCUAAUUCAAUAUCAGAUGAUAUAGAAAUGUCAAAUAUUGAUACACUUACUUCGCAAGACUGGAGUAAAAAUAAUGUUUGCGAUGAGACAAUUAUUAUUAAAAAAUCAGAAUACGAUAAAGUGUUAAAUGAGUUAUCUUUUUCAAGAAUGCAAAAUAAUAAUUAUAAAAUCAAAGAAAGGGAAUAUGUAAGAAUGAAAAAUGAUUACGAUAGAACUUUAUCAUUUUUACUAGAAAAUAAUCAAAUUACUAACAUUAUACCACCUGAUAUAGUGGAGAAUAAUAUGUCUAUUAUUAAUGAUAAUGAUAUCAAUAGAUUGAGAGCAACUGAAUGUCGUCUUAAAAGUCAUAUAAAGGCAUUAAAAAAGGAUUUAUUUGAUUCGGAACAAAGAGCAGAUGCAUUUAAAUGUAUAGCGCAAAAUGACAUAGAGAUAUUGAAAGAAGAAAUUUUACAUCUUAAACAAUCAUUACAUUCAGAGAGGGAGCGCUGUGCGGAAUAUUCAAACAAAAUGAAACGAUUAGAAGAUAUUUUACAAAGCAGAUGUGAAGAAAAUAUUGAAUUAAUAGAGUACUGUAAAUAUUUAAUGCGAUAA